AUGAGUGAGUCUGAAUCGGCACAAGAGUUUCAAGCCUCACGACUAGAAGACAGCAGUAGCGAAGAUGACACAGAUAUGCAUGCAUCUGUACAGCAUCAACAGGAACAGGACGAAGACGAAUGUCCCCCGGCCAGCAAUGCGGCGGCAGCUAACACGGAAUACGAUGAAGAUGCCUGGAGAGAAGAUGCCGAUGGUGAAUCAGAAAAUCCACCAGUUGAUGGUAAUAUGCGAGUGGUUGCGUCCCAUUACAAUGAACUCAAAGAAUCCGGCAGAAAAGAGCGUGUGAAGUCACGUAUCUUUCACAUGCGAAAUUUUAACAACUGGAUAAAAUCCCAACUAAUAUCAGAAUAUUUGAAACGCAUCAAAGAGAAUCAACGUAUGGGUGAUCCUAUGCGUGUUUUGGACAUGUGCUGCGGCAAGGGAGGCGAUUUACUCAAAUGGGAAAAGGGCAUGAUAACACACUUGAUAUGCACAGAUAUUGCCGAGGUUUCCGUGGAACAGUGUAAGAAACGUUAUGACGACAUUUUGCGCAGAGCAGAAAAAUCAAAAUUCGCCCACAAAUUUACGGCCGAGUUUUUUGCAUGUGACUCGACCCUGGUGCGGCUGCGGGAACGUUUCAAGGAUCCAUCGUUAAAAUUGAAUUUGGUUUCGUGUCAAUUUGCUUUUCACUACUCCUUUGAGUCGUUGACACAAGCCGAUUGUAUGGUUCGUAAUGCAGCUGAAUGUUUGCAACCUGGCGGUUUCUUUAUAGCGACAAUUCCCGAUGCAUUUGAAAUCAUGAAACGUUUACGGGCCUCUGAAAAUGGUCGCAGUUUCGGAAAUGAAGUAUACAAUAUUGAAUUUUGUUCGGAUACAAAUCCACCACCAUUUUUCGGUGCCAAAUAUCAAUUUCAUUUAGAAGGUGUUGUCGAUUGUCCAGAAUUUUUGGUACACUUUCCCACAUUGGAGAAAUUGUGUCGCAAAUAUGGUUUAAAAUUGGAAAGGAAGACAACAUUUGCCGAUUACUAUAAGGAGAAUGCGGAGAAGGGUCGUAAUCUGCUACAGCGAAUGAAUGGAUUAGAGACAGUUUAUGCAAAUCGUGUUGGAAACGAUGACCAGUAUGAACAUAUCAAACGUACUGUUAAAGGCAAUACAGGAAGACCGUAUGGUUCACUUUCGAAAUGUGAAUGGGAAGCAACAACCCUCUACCUCGUUUGUGCUUUCCGUAAAUGUAAAAAUACUUGGGAUGCUCAAGGAAGACCUGUGUUCGAGUUUGAUUGA